AUGCCUAGCCCACCGGAUAACGACAGCAGCGAUGAGAUGGACGUCGAGUGCAACGACAUUCUCAGCUCGGAGCAGCAGCCGAGUUCAGGCGGCAAGCAAACCCUCAAGCGCGGAGACGCCUGUCUGGCUUGCCGUCGACGUCGAAUUAGAUGCAACGCCGAGAAGCCUGCAUGUGCGACAUGCGUGCGUCUGAAGAAGCAAUGCGUGUAUGAGACGGGCAAGACCACGAGCCGCAUCGCACUGCUCAAGGCUCGUAUUUGUCAUCGCCGAUGGCCUCGCCUCGCCCGAUGGCCGCCUCCCAGCGCCGCCGCCGUUCGUAUGGCUGACACCUCACCAGCGGAACUUGAGAACCAGCUCCAAACGCGCACCCCCGGUGCCACACCAGCGCCUGAGAACCAUCGCACACCAGCCCCGGCGCCGGCGUCGGCGCACACGAUCAACCCUGCGGCACUGGGUUUCGCCAUUCCAAGUGUCCAAGGCAGCAUCUUCCCAAUCUCGCCUGCGCCAGGUGUGAUUCCUAUGGUAGCCACGCCACACGGCAACCACAGCUCUGGCGCGAGCACUGGUCCGUCAGCUCCCCAGUCACAUGCAGAGUCGCCCCGUUCUGGCCGGCCCUAUGCCCAGUCCUCCAACCCGCGGCCCCCCGGUGAACCUGACCCGCACUUUGAUUUCGACCUGUCGUUCCUCGACCAGCCCGUGGCUGACCUCUCGGCGCACCUGUACAUGACAGCGGUCACCCCUCCAGCCGACGGUGCGACCGGGGUGCGCCGGUGGCGCCGGCGCGAUUUUAUCGAAUCUGUGGGCGGCAUUGAGAAUGUCGUGGCGAUGGGUUUGAUGGGCGGCGCGACCUCGACGCGUGACGAGGACAAGAACGCGCUCGACGCCGACUUGGGCAGCGAGAUGGGCUUGGACGUGAAUGGCGAAAUAUCGAUUCUGCCAAGCUUGCCACAAGGACGUGAACUCGUCGGCGGGUGGUUUGACCCCAACGACGUGCCGCCGGCGGUGCGCGAUCAUCUCCUCGACCUCUUCUUCUCGCGUCUGUCGGCACAGGCACAUUUCAGCAUCACCAUCCACCUGCCGCGUUUCUACAUGCGCCUGACGUUGCCGCCUGCCAAGCGCCCGCACCCGGGUCUGCUGUACAGCAUGUACGCGACUGCCGCCCGCGUGUCGUCUCAGCCGGCCAUCAAGCAGCUCGAGAGCCAGUUUUUCGAAAUUGCAGACAAGCAGAUUCGUCUUGCUGUGGCCAACCACGACCGUCUGCUUGACGCGUUGCGUGGAAUGGCGCUGUUGACAAACUACCUGUUCGCAAAGGAAAAGUACUCGGUCGGCUACCACAUGUGUGGUGCAGCUGUCAGACUGGCCAUCUCGUGCGGUCUGGACCGGAUCCCAACGUCGGUGUGGACGCCGGCACCGCCAUUCAACGCCGCGAUCCACUGCACGUUGCGCACCGGCGGCUACGCCAUCCCCCCGCCAGAGGACCCCAUUGACCUGGCGGAGCGAAUCUACGCAUUCUGGGCAGUCUACGAGACGGAUCUGUGCACCGCCGUCGGCUACUUGUGGCACACUGGGCUUCCCAUGGAGGACAUUCGCACGCCGUUCCCGCGUCCGAUGAUCGAGUAUGAACUGGGCCUCGUGUCCACUGUCGACGACCUCAGCAUCGAUUCUGUCCUCGACCCAAAGGACAACCCCCGGGGCCUGGACAAUUCCUUUAUUGUUCUUCGCAUGAAGGCCUUGACACUGCUCGCGCGCGUCCUCAAACUCCGCCAGGAGCGGCCAGAGGUCGCCAUGCCCGACAUGUCGCCAGAGCCCGUGGCCUCGGGCCCACACGUGUGCAGCUACCCAGGAUCGUCGCUGCCGCCUUAUGCCACCCACCCAACGGGCUUUGCCAAAGUGAAAGCCGCGCUCGACUAUUACGUCGACCACUUGCCCGACGAGCACCGACCCCCAUGGCGCUGGGACGAGGGCGAUGACGUGAUGUUACCCCGAGUGGCACUGUCGCGCGAAUCCAGUGUCCUCCACUUCCUGGUCGGCAACGCAUACAUGCAGCUGUGGAACAUGCGCGCUCUCGACUCUGACAAUUCCGUCGCCCUCCUCGUGGCCCGCCGCCUCGUCAACGUCAUGUACCUGUACCAAACCGAACCCCUGUCUACCGGAUACGACAUUUUCAUCAUUACCAUCUGGAACGAGGUCGCCAUGGUCCUGGUGCGCGAGAUGAAGCGUCUCCAGCACGUGGGCGAGACGGACCGCGCGCACUUGGUCGAUGGAGACCUGUCCGUCGCCAUUGCGGCCAUGAAGAAGUGGGGCGACGUGGACAUUGCCGCCGAGCACGACGGCAAAGACAUUGCCGUCAUCAAUGGCAAAAUGCUCGAACAGCUGCGGCUCAUGAGCCAGGAGGACUGGGCCGAGGCCAUACAGGAGAGCAGGAGGAGGUAUGGCGGGAUUGACCCGGUGCAUUCCAAGAGCAACCUGGGUCACCAUGGGAUGGACUAG